AUGGAGAAGAGCUUCCCUGAUAAGUUGGCAGGCCUCACUCUGACGGUACUUGAGUGGAUCCUCAGUAUCGGCCUUUGUCUACUCGUGUUUGGCGCCAUACUAGCCGCCUUAGUUUACGUUAUAAUUGGGAUCUAUGAAUGUUAUGAGGAGCGUCGGGCAAUCAAAGCCAUCAAGGCUAUGGAAGCGAACGAUACGGAAAGUGCUGAAAUAGGUGAUACCGAGUCUACUAUGUAUGAACGGACUAUCACCACAACCCCUGAAGACAGUCUUUCGGAUAGGAAUCAGAAUGCGCGCAAUCAGGAUUACCCACCCGAUUAUGUUGAGCUACAGGAUCUUGAGGCUCAGAUUUAG